AUGUUGCCCUAUCUAUUUAGGACUAUGCAUGUGUAUUUCCCAUUGACAUGUUCUCAUGGAUUUAGUUGUUUCUUGUUCAAUUGUUCACUUACAACAGUCACGGAAUGUCUGCAUCAGGGAGUCACUGCUGUCCUGAACUUCCAGAGUGGAAUUGAAGCAGAAAAUUGGGGAAUUAAUUCAAAAUCAAUCAAUGAGUCAUGCCAACGGUUUAAUAUCCUUAUGAUCAACUAUCCUAUAAGGGACGUAGAUUCAUUUGAUAUGAGGAAGAAACUACCAUUUUGUGUUGGUCUGCUUUUACGAUUAUUGAAAAAGAACCAUCGCGUUUAUAUCACUUGCACCACUGGUUUUGAUCGAUCCCCUGCUUGUGUGAUUGCAUACUUGCACUGGAUGACUGACACUUCUCUUCAUGCUGCCUACAAUUUUGUCACUGGGUUGCAUUUAUGCAAGCCUGACAGACCAGCAAUGGCCUGGGCGACAUGGGAUCUUAUAGCUAUGGUGGAGAAUGGCAGACAUGAUGGACCUGCAACCCAUGCUGUGACCUUUGUGUGGAAUGGGCAAGAGGGGGAGGACGUUUACUUGGUUGGUGAUUUUACUGGAAACUGGAAAGAACCAGUUAAGGCUGUGCAGAAGGAUGGUCCAAGAUAUGAAGUUGAAGGGGAGGACGUUUACUUGGUUGGUGAUUUUACUGGAAACUGGAAAGAACCAGUUAAGGCUGUGCAGAAGGAUGGUCCAAGAUAUGAAGUUGAAGUUAGACUUUCACAUGGGAAGUAA